UUAAAUCUAAAUGGAACUUGGCAAAUUUUAAUCACAAUUCCAUAUAUUUCUGCUGGUAUACAUAAAAUCAUAAUAUUUUGCUCUCGCGUAAUUUCUAAUAACAGAUUUCUAAUAAUAUAAUCCCAUUCAAUAAUACUAUAAUCCCAUAGAUUAUAGCUAUGAUUCACGACUAUAAUCCAUUGAAAUAUCUACAUUCCCAAAGUUUAAUUCCUCACGCCGCUAAGAGGGGCAAAACGGAGCCCGUUUCGGCCGCGAAACGGACGCUCGAGCGUCGCGACGGCGAUACAGGUUCGAGUUCUAAUAAUUGCUACGCUCGUGUCCACCAGCUUGGUUAGCGUGGUUUCGCGAUUGAGUAAUAAUGGAAAGUAACUGAGACACGUACGACAAGGAAGCAAAACGAUGAGGAAAAAAGCGAAACGAAUCGGCAAAGGAGCGUCGAAAACUUACUCGGGACAACCUCGAACCCCCACUGUACACCCUUCCGAUCACGGUCAACGCUCACUUCUCUGGGUUCUCGGACGAUGUUCGCCACCACCUCUACCGACCACCACCACCAUUAUUGGCAGGGACGACGUCAAUUCCACCACCUCUAUCUCGUCAUCAUCAUCAUCGACGUCGGCGUCGUUGUCGUCGUUGUUGUCGUCGUCGUCGUCGUCGUCGUCCUCGUCGUCGUUGUUGUACUCUUCUUUCACUCCUUUCUAGCUUUCUCUCUUUUAUCUCCACCACUCUCUAUCCAGUGGCACACUCGACUUUUCUAUCUUUCUCUCUCUUUCUCUCCCCCACCUUUGGUGGCACUCUUUUUUUCCCUCGUUUUCUUUCACCCGUCUCCUUUUUCGUCCGCGAAACCAUUCCGCCACUCCCACCGCACAUGCCAAAUCCAUUUACGUCGAACGCGUUUCUGCAUCGUUAUCCGUCUAUCGAGUAUAAUCGGAUAUAAUCGUCGUCUCGCGUUGCUGGUACCCAGUACCACCUCGGUACAGGAUCAAGGUUAACUUGUUCGAGACCGACGUCUUACCGAUGUCCUAGCAGAUAUAAUCGAUGACGCAUCUUGUGCGUCCGAAGGAGACAGAGACUCACUUUGACGUUUCCAAAGUAGCUCGAUCUCCAGUUAAGAAAUAUAAAAAUGUAAACUUGACGACCAUCGCACAUGUGUUUCGCGAGAAAUUGGAGCAUCGUAUCGCAUCUGACAGUGGUAGCGAAUAUGUUAACGCUAUCAACGCUGGGAGAACGAACAUCCGCCCACGAUAUUUUCUAAUAACUGUCCUCCUUGUCGGAUAACAGUGUCCAUCGAGAGGAAAUAUCGAAAACAGAUUAUAUUCAGAAGCACCGAAGCUGAAAUUAAAAAACAAGACAAAUGAAAAAUACAUCAUUUUCUUGUUGGAAGAGGGGAAAAUUAUUUUGAAGUACUAGACAAUGUUUUAAAACAACAGACAGUAUUUUUAGUUUCAUUGAAAAUAUGAAGAGUAUUUUUCCAUACACAGGAUUUAAACAACCGAACGGCAUUGUUCCUUGAAGUAAUUGCGGUUCCAAAAAUAAAACCAUCAAUCAUGUUCUUUUUGGAGAACACUUCAAGAUUGUUAUUUAGUCUCAAUGACCAUGAUACCCUUUUAUUUCGUAUGAAAAACCCGGAGUGUUGUACUUGUCUCGAUAAAGGAUAUAAAAAAGAUGAUAUCACAUCCAUUAGGUGGAACACUCUGAUAAACAUUUUGAUAACAUAUCAAUUACAUCUUUUCCUUCAAUGUGUGCAAUACUUUUUCUGUGAUAUAAGUAUCAAAUCCAGAGUGAUAGAGUAACCUUAUGAAACAAUCACGUGUUACUUAAUAAAAAUAAUGAUUAA